UCGAUUAUACGGCCUGGAGUUCGCGGGUCAGGGGUCACUCUUGAGCAGCGCUGUAGAAGCAGACGGUUCUAAAAUCAACUGUUUAUUUACAAUGUUUAUCUCUUUUACCGAUCCACUCAUGCGCUACAUUAAAAAUCGUUUACUCAAUUAAUACAUCUGCAUACUUUUUCGCUAUUCUCUCUUUUUACGCCUUGUAUUAAACCCGAUCAAAGGCACGUUGAUAAGUUGUUAGCCAUCAAGUCUUCUUUUAGUUUUCAGAUAAAGUGUUAUAACGAAAAGACUUUCUGCUGCUGUUAAAAAAAGCAUACAGAAUAUAAUACCAAAAUGCAGGAAUUAAUUGCUAGUGCCGAUCACCUCAAGUUUGAUCUAGAAAUGGCUGUAGAACAACAAUUGGGCGCUCAACCAUUGCCAUUUCCAGGAAUGGACAAAUCUGGCGCUGCUGUGUGCGAGUUCUUCAUGAGAGCUGCCUGUAUGAAAGGUGGAAUGUGCCCCUUCAGACACAUCAGUGGAGAAAAGACUGUGGUGUGCAAGCACUGGCUUAGAGGUUUAUGCAAGAAAGGAGACCAAUGUGAAUUUUUACACGAGUAUGACAUGACAAAGAUGCCUGAAUGUUAUUUUUACUCUAAAUUCGGGGAGUGCAGUAACAAAGAGUGUCCAUUCUUGCACAUUGACCCAGAAUCUAAGAUUAAAGAUUGCCCAUGGUAUGAUAGGGGUUUUUGUAAGCAUGGUCCGGAUUGCAGACACAGACACACAAGAAGAGUCAUUUGUGUAAAUUACCUUGUUGGCUUCUGCCCAGAGGGCAAGUCAUGCAAAUUUAUGCACCCAAGAUUUGAACUCCCAAUGGGUGCGGCUGAACAACCACCAUUACCUCAACAAGCACAGUCUCAGCAAAAGCAGCAAAACAUGCAGCCCAUAAACAGAUCGUCACAUUCACUCAUCCAGUUAACCAACCCCAAUAUCAACAACCACCACCAGAGAAUGCCAAAUGUUGUUGGGAUAAUGCAUUCUCACAGCAACAUGGGUGGACCUCGCGGUCCUCGUCCACUGGACCAAGUUACAUGUUACAAGUGCGGUGAGAAGGGCCAUUACGCAAACAAAUGCACAAAAGGACACCUGGCGUUUUUGAGUGGACAGUAGUUUUCUGAAUAAAGGAUCUCCAAUAUGUGGUGAUAGCUUGCAAAGUGAGGUAUUCGAUUCCUAGUACAUUACCCUUUCACUGUAAAAGUUAGAGAUGAGUGAUGUAAAUGUGGUUCUACCUCACUGUCCAUGUGCCAAGAGCAUCACAGUCAACACACAUUCAAAAGGUAGAAAACGGCUUUUUUACUGAAUUUUGUUUUUCUUUCAAACAAAACCUUACAUAAUCACAUACUUUGAAAUGUGAGUCUUUUGUAUUGGAGCAACAAGCAUCUUGAUUGCUUAAGCUUUAAAGCAGUGCUGAAAUUCUUGGAAAAUAUAUGACAGUCUUUAGAGAGAACAUUGUGUCAUUUAGCAGCCAAGAUGAUCUGAAGAGACAUCAUUUUGCAGUCUAUUGACAUGCCUUUUUGUAUCUAUAAAAAUGGAUGUUGUACUUACAAUAAAGGUUAACUGAGUUUAUAAAAGCA